AUGGCUGACCUCUUUGCAUCAUUAACCGCGCCAAACGGCCAUUCCUACUCACAGCCAUUGGGUCUCUUCAUCGGCAACGAAUUCGUCAAGGGAUCAUCGGAGAAGCCAAUUACUUCUAUUGAUCCAUUCACCGAGUCUGAGAUUGCGACUGUACAAGCAGCGUCGGUAGAAGACGUUGACAAGGCAGUCAAGGCAGCUCAUGCUGCGCUGAGGAACGGGCCAUGGAAGACGCUUCCAGGGACCGAGCGCGGCAUUCUCAUGAACCGCCUUGCUGACUUGAUGGAGAAGAACAAGGAGCUGCUUGCCACUAUUGACACAUGGGAUAACGGAAAGCCAUACAAGGACGCUCUUGAGGGCGAUCUGCCCGAAGCUAUCGGCACUAUACGCUACUAUGCCGGCUGGGCGGACAAGAUCUUUGGACAGACCAUCUCAACCACGUCUGAGAAAUUCGCCUACACCAUCCGGCAGCCCAUCGGGGUCGUUGGGCAGAUCAUCCCCUGGAACUACCCUCUCUCCAUGGCGUGUUGGAAGCUCGGUCCCGCGCUGGCCUGCGGCAACACUGUCGUCUUGAAAGCGGCUGAACAGACCCCUCUCAGUGUUCUGGUCUUGGGGCAGCUGAUCAGAGAAGCUGGUUUCCCUGCCGGAGUCGUGAAUCUGAUCAACGGCUACGGAAGGGAAGCCGGCGUCGCGCUGGUAGAGCACCCCCAGGUCGACAAGAUCGCAUUCACAGGAUCGACGUCUACAGCUCGCCAGAUUAUGGCCUUGGCCGCCAAGUCCCUAAAGAACAUCACGCUCGAGACCGGAGGCAAGUCGCCAUUGCUGGUCUUUGACGAUGCGGAUCUCGACCAGGCUGUAAAGUGGUCCCAUUUUGGCAUCAUGUCGAACAAGGGUGAAAUCUGCACCGCAACGUCCCGUAUUCUCGUCCACAAGCCGAUCUAUGCAUCAUUUGUGGAGGCCUUCCAGCAGAGGGUAGCCAGCACCAGCGUACUGGGCAAUCCUUUUGACGAGGCAACUUAUCAAGGCCCACAAGUCACAAAGCAGCAACAGGAACGCGUUAAAACUUUCAUAGACUCUGCUGUCUCCGAGGGGGCUACGCUUAUGGCCGGCGGGCAAAAGGAUUUGCCUGGGGAUAAGGGCUAUUUUGUCCGGCCAACGGUGCUUACCAACGUCACGGAUUCCAUGACGGUGUUCAGGGAGGAGGUCUUUGGUCCGGUUGUUGUCAUCUCCAGCUUUGAAACCGAAGAGGAAGCUGUUGCCAGGGCGAACAGUACAGCCUAUGGGCUUGGAGCUGCAGUCUUUACCAGAGACCUCGAGAAGGCUCACAGGGUUGCGGGCGACAUCGAAGCAGGUAUGGUCUGGGUGAACAGCAGCCAAGACUGCGAUCCGAGAAUACCUUUUGGAGGUGUCAAGCAGAGUGGUAUCGGCAGAGAGCUGGGAGAGGCUGGUUUGGAGGCUUACACUCAGAUCAAGGCCGUCCACAUCAAUAUGGGCAAUCGUCUGUGA